UUGAGGUGAGCGCGAGCUACUUGUACUUGCUCUCUAGACCCCACAUCAUUGAUCGUGUGGACAUUAGCCAUCACAGAGGGUCCACCUGGGGGAUGAUGGAGCUCUGACUCGAAGCGUGGUCCGAUGUCUCUUUCGAGCUGGAGACAGGGCAUGUCUGAGGCGAGAACAAGACCACCCCCAUGUGGGCUCCACGCAGGGCCUCACCGGCGUGUGGAGAAAACAGGAACAGUUGUCACGCAAAAGCCUCACGCCAGGGAGCGGCAAAGCGAAACCCCGGGUGUGCGUGAAUUUGUUGAGCGUGCAGGUGAUGUCAAAUGCCGGCUAGGUUGCAGCGCUAUCGAGGCUGGCGUGGAGAGUCUAAGUGGGUCUCCUGAACGCUUUGCGGCUCUGCGGCCUCGGCGGAUUUCAAGCCUUUGCUUGUUUCCAUCCGAUGAUGUGAAGUGCGUUACCACGACGCGUUACGUCUUUCAAGAGUCGCAGGAGUCCCGCCAAUCGCAUCUAUACGAUAAAUUGCUUCUGAAUAGGCGCUUCCGUCAGUCGAUCCAACAGUCGAUCCAACAGCCGAUGCCGGUUUGUCGCAUUUGCGAUGAAGGCUACCGGUAAGCCUGACAAGCUUAGCUUGGCGCCGCCACCGCGCAAUGGUCUGUUCGUUAUUCGUUUCUCUACUGUUUCCUGGCACCGCUGAUCUGUGUAC